GCGCGCAGGGGGCGGGCUCGCACGGCUUGAUAGAUGCCUGAGCCCCGCCACCCUGGUCCGCAGACUAGGCAAAGGUUCGCUCAGGUGUCCGAGGCAGGAGGUGUGAGAUACGCGCGCGAGAGCGAGCGAGCAAUGUGGCCGUUCCUGCUACUGCUGCUUCCGUUGGUGGGGGUCUCCGGGGUGGUUCAAAUCCCUCCGCACGAGGACGUGGCUCGGGUCGCGCGCUUCGUGGCGCACUCGUGCGAUUGGGGCGCGCUGGCCACGCUCUCCGCGCAAGACCCGCCGAUGCGGGGCCAGCCUUUCUCCAACGUCUUCUCCGUCAGCGACGGGCCGCUGGGGUCGAAGCAAGGCAGCGGGGUGCCUUACAUGUACCUGACGCCGCUGGAGGUCUCCGUGCAAGAUUUGCAGGUAAAUGCCAAUGCCUCCCUAACAAUGUCCUUGGCACAGACACCUUACUGCAAGAAGGAAGGUUAUGAUCCUCAGAAUCCACUGUGUGCCCAUGUGAUCUUCUCUGGAAUAGUUGAAAAGGUUCCGAAUGGUACAGAAGCAGACUUUGCAAAGAAGGCUCUCUUCAGUAGACAUCCUGAAAUGGCUACGUGGCCAUCUGGUCAUAACUGGUUUUUUGCUAAACUCAACAUCACCAACAUCUGGGUCCUGGACUACUUUGGUGGAAUCAAAACUGUGACUCCUCAAGAAUAUUUUAAAGCUACACCAUAGCAAGGAAGAUGCUUGAAUGAAACAUUGUCUACUUUUUCACUGGUCACUUUUGUAACAAGAAACCAUCCAAAAACUGAGAUAAUCUUGUAGAAUCUCAAAACUGCACAUUCCUUUGGAAUUCUAAGGGAUUGCCUACGCCAUUUGAGUGCAAAAAGUAUGGAUUCCUUGCAAAGGAAAUCUUAAAUUCUGUGCACAAAAAUAUUUAGAGUAUGCAAAUCUGCAUACUAUGCAUAAUUGAUUCUGCUUUGGGACUUCGAUUUUUAGAGAAGCUAUUUUUCAAAAAGCUUAUUUAGAGAAAAAUACAAUUGGGGGUACAUCUCUGAAAUGGAGAAAAGAGAAAAGUGCAGUGGAGAAAAUUUGUUGUUGAAGAAACAUCCUGAAAUGUUCAGCUGUAUUCUGGACUUGAUCAACAGAUUCAUGUGUAGCAUCAUUCGCUGGGUGAUUUAUGCUGUCAGCUGACCAUAUUGAUAAGGGAUAUGCCUGCAGCCCUAAUUCAGCUAGGGUCAGUUUAUGCAUAUGUGUGCCUACAAUACCAAGGCAAUAUAUAUUGGCAAGUGAAGUGCAAAACUUGAUGUUUCUGUAGUAGUUCAGUAAAACUGCCCCAGUUAUGUAGAAAGGGGGUGUCAGUGAUUUUAGCAGUAGAGCAGAGCACAUGAGUGUGGGCACUAAACUAUCUUUCCAUCCACAGCUUACCUCCUGCAGCAUCUCUCUCUGAGUGCUUGUAGCUUAGCAGAGUUUGCUUGUAGUAUUGGGGCUUAACAGAGAGGAAAAGCUACUAGGGUACAGACUGCAGGGUGGUAGGCCUUGGGUGAGCAAAGUGUCCUAUGAUCCUCAGCCAUGUGGCCCUUUGCUGUUAUAAUUGGAUCCUACCCAGACCUUUCUUCUUACGCAAUUUGGGGAAGUUCUGUGUUUAAACCCAUAGCAAUGUUACCACUAUGUCUUAUUUGACCUGAUACCAUAUGACAGAACUACAUGCUUAGCUAUAUUCACCUCUGUGCCUUAUUUACUGCUUGUGCCAAAAAACUCUGAAGGCUUCAUUUGAACUUAACAUAAUGUCAGUUCCAUUAUGGACCAUAAUUUUUAAAAUCAACUAAAUUGUAGUCCUUGAUUAUAGAGUUUGAAACCAGGUGCUGUAAACCCAUUGUUAAAGAAAAAUAUGAUUCUUCUGAGGGCCACAAGAUUGAUUGUUAACAGUCUUUAAUUAUGAGAUAUUCUUAUGAGAGUACCACACAGAAUGCAUUGAUCAUAUGAAACCCUGUUGUCUUACCACAGAGCAGAAAAAGAAUUCUAAUAUAUAAUGUGGAGCCAUGUUCCCAUACCUGGUGCCCUCCAGAUGUUGCUGGAGUACAACUCUAUCCCUGACCAGCUGGCUGGGGCUGAUGGGAGUUGGAUUCCAACAAUAUCUGGAGGGCUGCAGGUUAGUCACCCCUGGGGAAGGCUGAUGUUGAAGGCAUGCUGCUGUCUCUCUUGAUGAGUAUUGCUUGAAAAGUGUUCUGUCAUAGCGGAUACAUGAUUGAAAUCUGAGGAGACCAAGCUGACAUGACAGAAGAGAAGUGCAAAACCCAUAAAGGGUAGUGUGAAUCCUGCCAAGGACUUGUCACUUUCAAGGCAUCAAAUGUCUUUGAUCACAUUCUUUUCUUCACCCACAAUUGUUAAGGUAUUAGAUAAUUAGAAUUUUCUGGUGGCUGUUCUUGCUGUCAGGUUAACUAAACAAGUUAGGCCUUAGUCAUCAACAUGUUUCCUUGGAAGUAAUCUUCACUUAUUUAUAGAAAUAACUUUUCCUACCUCUGAUGUGGCUACAAAUGGCUUGCAUAUUUUUAUCUCGAGAAAUUACAUAAUUGUGUUGCACAUGGAAGUUCUAGCUUCCAUAAUAAAUCCAUAGUUAAACAGUAUGGAAAUAAAAAUAUAUUCUUGGAAA